UGGGGGCAGGGGAGUCGCAGGAGCCAGGCCGAGACUCUCCAGUCACUGUUACCUGUCACCCUAGGGCCAUUUGUCACGUGUUUCGGGACCAGAAGAGUGAAUGCCUAGCGUGAGGCCUCUUGGAUCCCUUAGGGCAGGCUUCCACCCUCGCUUUAGGUCCUGUCUUUUAAGCAGUACCCCUGAUGGCUCCUGCUCCCCGGGUACCGAACUUUUGAGCCCUGGCACUAUCCCCCAGCCCCGCCCUCCUGGUCUCCGUCCCUGUCCCCGACGUACUGGGCUGAGGAAAGGGGAAGUCAGAGAUCCGGGGCCAGCUGUGCAGCCAGGGAGAAGAGCUUUCUGGCUUCAGCGGCUAGGUUGGCUUCCUUUGGUCGCCAGGCCUCUCCCACCCUGCCAAAGUGCUGGCCAACCAGAGGUGCAGGAGCUUGAGGUUUUGAGGUUUGACCCAGAAGGAGGGUGAGAUUGGGGUGGGAACUUUUUUGAAGAACCACUCCUCACCCCCAUCAACCUGAGGGUCAACCUGUACCCUCAUGAGGGAUGAAUGGAGUGAUUUACUGGUAGACUUUUCUCGAAUUCAUUUGCCUAGAUGGGACUGAGUAGGUGAAACAGGGCAAUGAAUAUGUAAAUGCAGAGGGGACAGGCAGGGUGGGUCCAGAGCUUCUAGUUUUUCUCUUAAUAUGGAGUUGGAAACUCCCAGAGUUAUGAGCAACAAGACAUCAGAGAAAAAGGAAAUGAAGUUGGCUCUUUGGGGGUGGGGGCGGGGAGGAAGGAGAGGAGAAAUUCCCAUGGUAGGUUGUUCUUGGAGUUGCUGUUCCACAAACACUCUCAGGGGCUGAGACUAGUGCUCAGUUGCAUGGCUGUCCCUCCACCAUCUCUCAAAGUCCCCAGGUAGAAAAAGGGUGAGGAGGCCUUGGGUGGGGGAAGAGGGAGAAGGUGCACAGGAAGGAGGGCUGUCUCCUCCCCUGCUGCUGACCAAAGGUACACUUUAUAACCUCCCAGAUAAUCCCAAGGUCAUCUGGCUACCAUUGCCCCACUCUGCCCCUCCCUUUCUCCUGUGCUGAGAAGCUCAAGGCCCAGCCCCAGCCUUGGAGCCUAGAGGAUCAGGUCAGAGGUUAGACAACUGGAUGGCCUCAUUCGGAAGCCGCUCUUGCCUUCCCUUCUAUUUCCCUCCCCCAAGCUGGCCAAGAAAGGGUAUCCCUGAAUCCCAAGGGAAUCCCUUCAGGAGGGAGAAUGCCUGUGUUGUGGGGGGGAUUGCCAUGAUUUCAGGUCAUUUAAGGUUAGGUGGGGCAGAUGGUCCAGUGGCACAGGUGGGGCGAUGAGAAGGCAGUGACAGGGAGGAAUAAAUUCUCAGCCCAUCCUUUCUGGCUUUUUUGGGAGCGGGGCUUUGAGUCUAGAGGAGGAAGGGAAGUUGCAUGCUAGAGGGGAGAAUCCCAGGCUUUCUGGGCUUCAUUGAUUGGUUUAUUUGUUGAUGUUAUAGCAGAAUUUGGGUUCUGGCUUUCUACAGAAAGAAACCCAGUUUUCCUGAGGUGGUCAUGGGUGAUAAAAUCAGGUGGAGAGGGGCUUCUGAGGCCCAGAGAAGUAUACUUUUGAACUCACAGAAAGUUAAAGCAGAAAAGAACUUCUUCAGUCACCUGAUCCGGCCUUUUAUUCCUAGGUUGGCUUGGGAGGAGGAAGGGGCUCCAGGCCAGGGCAGCUGACCAAACUGGCCUUCUUCUAGGGCACCCCGCACCCCCUCCCCUCCCACAGUGUACACAGUCACCUUCACAAGCUCAAGUGCCUGCCUAGUCAUUGGCCUCCAAGGCCAUGCAGCCCGAUUUUUUCCUGCUCCUAAAUGUCAGCUCCCCUUGCAGUCAUCUCAGUGGCCCUGCCUUUUGUGAUCUUUCUCAGGAGAGGGGCACAGGAGGUGACCAUUGUCAUCUCCCACCUGACUCACCCUGUAGUCUCCAGGGAAACCUUGGGGUGGAGGUUGGUGUGCCAGGGGUUUGAGAAAGAUCAUAUUGUCCUGAUGUCCUCACCCCGCCUAGAGAGUGGGAGAGGGGCAUUGGCAGGUGGAUGCUGCUGAAAGGUGUGAGAAUGUACCUUUGAGCUCAGUCAAGCUGACUAAAGUUUGGAGGGGAGGGUGAUGUUUCCUUCAUAAGCCCUUCUGGGGAGGGUUGGUUGACACCAGUGGGAAAGGAAGGGAGGUCUUGAAGCAGCCAGCUCAGAGACUGCUGGUACUGUCAGAAGCAGCAUGAGGUGGGAUGAAAGAUCUCUCUUAUUAUUUGCAGGCAGAGGAGAUGCUCUUGAUGGGGAAGAGGCAGAAAAGAGAUCUCCUUCCAUUACCAGAAUCCCUGCCCACCUUCUCCCUCAGAACAGGAGGCUUGCAUUUAUACAUGAGCUUCCUCUAUUGGUCUGCACAGUUCUGCCCUCCCAGGGAGUGCCCUAACCCCUGGAUUUUGAACAAAGACGACAAGCUUUGGGGAAGGACAGUCCGGCAUCUUUAUAGCCAAAAGGCAGCUCUGAAAGGAGAGAGUUCUAUGGGUGGUGACAGGGGAGGGAGAUGUGACCUGUCGAAUGAGGAGGACAUCCUCUCCAUGUUCUCUGCUGUCCGCUCUCAGCACAGUGGUGUGGACAUCUGUAUCAACAAUGCUGGCUUGGCCCGGCCUGAUACCCUGCUGUCAGGCAGUACCAGCGGCUGGAAGGACAUGUUCAAUGUAAAUGUGCUGGCGCUCAGCAUCUGUACCCGGGAAGCCUACCAGUCCAUGAAGGAGCGCAAUGUGGACGACGGGCACAUCAUUAACAUCAACAGUGCAUCUCUCCAGGCUUGGUGGAAACACAGUUCGCCUUCAAACUCCAUGACAAGGACCCUGAGAGAGCAGCUGCUACCUAUGAACGCAUCAAGUGUCUCAAACCUGAAGAUGUGGCUGAGGCUGUCAUCUACGUCCUCAGCUGUCCCCCUCAUGUCCAGAUUGGAGACAUCCAGAUGAGGCCCACGGAACAGGUGACCUAGUGUCCAGUGGGGAGCUCCUCCUCUCUGCCCCUCAUGGCUUAGCUCCUGCCUGUGGAUUUUAGGUGUUGAUUUCUGGACCCCUGGAUUCCACUUUCUGACCCCACCCCCACCAAGGGCUAGAAAAUUUGUAAAAGGUUUUUAAAUCAGCUUGUCAGAUUAUUUCCAAUGCAAAUGUGAAAAAAUGGGCUGGGGAGAGGUGGGGUCCAUGAUUAUUUUGCCUGUUAGUUUGUUGUGGGUCCCUUUCUUGGGCUCCUUGGCCUUUAUCUGCUCUCCUCAGUCUUUCUUCCAUUUGAUCUGGGAAUAGGAAUGUGGCCUAAAGGGGGGGGCUUCCCUCUAUCUUCUUGCAUCCCAGCUUCUUCCCUUCAGGGUUUAAGUGGCAGAGAGAGGCCAUCACCUUAUAUUGGAAUGGUUAUCUAGGGCUCCAGGGCUAGCCCCCCAACUCUCCACCUCAAUCUUGGCUUCCUGCCCCCAGAAGGGUCAUCAUUCCCCUCAAUGACAGCAGAAUACCAGAGCCUGGCUUCACUGUGAUGAUUAAAAAAAGAAAAAUGGCAACCAACCUACCUUGGUUUCAGGAGUG